AUGAGUCUUCUAUUAGCACCUUAGUGAGGCUGAGGGAGGGUAAAGCUGGACUGGCUCCGAUAGCCAAUCGGCUAAGCUGCUUGGAGGACAGACUUCAGCAGGAGGCCAGGUCUGAGACAGGAUCACUGACUCGCCUUCACUUACUCUUUUGUUGAUGGCAGCAACAAUGCCAUGCGCCUAGGUCAGGGGUGAGUCUUUCAGCUUUCUUUGAAAGCAGAAAACAACGAGCCAUGGCGCUAACCUCCAAGGGAAUAAAUUUUCCAGGUUCAACUCCUUUACGCAACAAAUAUGCAUCGACUCGGCUGUGGUAGUGAGCCCUCAUCGAGCGGAAAAUUUUCUCACCAACGACGGCAUGACAAUGCGCACAAUGGUAGAGGCGAGCGGUAUGCCUAGUCUGUGGAACACAACGGAAGAAGUGCUUCUGGACGAGUCGCGUCAAGCUGAGGCUGAGGCGAUGCGAGCUGAGCAAGUCAGAGCGAACAACGACGAAGAAGAGAAGAUGCUGCCUGGCAUGGAGCAUUUCACCUCAGAGGAAAGGCUUUCACGCGAAGAGCUCAUCCGCGCUCGAGCUAGACGAGAGACUUCAAAAUCCGAUGUUGGAGUCUUUCCUCCUCCGCCACCGUACGAGGCGCACCAAGCGAGCCUUGACCGAGACGCCAAAGCUCGUGCAGCCAUGAAAUCUUGGAGCGUGAAUAAUGUGGGAGGUCCGAGUCAGACGGUCACCUUCACAAGUCGCUUCGUCGACAAUAUGAGUCAGGUAGUCAAAGAUAUGGGCAUCUCCGCUAGCUUGUCCAUCAAGUGCGGAACCAUUUCUGGCUCGGGGCGUGGAUCAUUUAUCCAAUCGGACACCUUUGUUCAGUCUGAUCUCAAUUACUACAUCUCGGUCAAGUGCGAAAACACGUCGAUCAACUUCAAGGAUCCGCUCGAAUUUGCUCCUCUACCGCGCAGCGUCGUUCCGGACGCGGACUUUGCAGAGACGUACGGUGCGUAGCGCAGCGCUCGACAAGGCUUGCUCCACGACGCCUGACCCUUUUCUUCUUGGCCCCUUGCCCACCAGGCGAUUCUUACAUUUCUGGCUUCCUGGAGGGAGGUAUAUUCGAAGCCAUCGUGUCUUUCAAAGUGCUCAAUACUGCCAAGAUGCUAGACAUCAAAGCGGCAGCCAGCGUGGCUUUCAGCAGUGGAGCACUCGACGUCAAAGCAGAAGCCUCAUUCGCCAUGGCCAAAGCGAAUCUGGCUUUGAACACCGAGACGUCAAUCACAGCAAGAUGGAGCGGAGGCGGAGUGAUCAAACCACCAGACGAGCCUUGGACUAUCGAGACGCUGAUGAGAGCAGCAGUGCGAUUCCCUCAGAAUGUCGCCCAGUGUCCGCAGAGGACUUACGCUAUCUUGACCAAGUAUGACCAUCUCAGGAGCUACUUGGCGUACCGACCCGUCGCGCUCAGCAAACAAUCUCACGAGAACCUCACUUCCUACUCUGACGAAUUGCUCGAGAUGUUCAUGGAGUACAAGGCUAUGCUGGCUCGUUGCCAAGCUGAUAUCAGAGCCAUUCUCGAAGGUACAAAACGUUUCAAGACCGCUCAAGUCUUUGCAGACGACGUCAAAGAUCCCUUUCCUGUCUCGAUUGAUGGGCUAGAGGCUGCGUGCACCGAAAUCCGACCACAGCUUGGAGCAAUAGCUGCACGCAUAGAUGAGCUCUCUCACGACGCUUCUUUGCUCAGCUCUCCAGAAAAUUUCACGAGUCCCAUUGCAUUUUGGCAGCGUCUGCCGCUUGUGGAAGACCCGGCUACUGCUGGAAAGCUCUCUUCUGCUCCUCUGACCGGCAAGAGGAUUGGUAGCGCACCGCCUCAGCGCAGCCAGCCGACUGCGGAUCCUGCACUUUCCGAAUUGUGCGAAGAGCAGCCAGAAGAGCUGGGUUUGACCAAAGAAGAGGAAGUCGCGAUGCUGGAUGCCAUGUCCAGCGGCGCACUCAGAAACGCCGAGGAUGGGACAACAGCCACGAUAAAGAUGAGCCGGCCUGUCGGUUCGAGAGAAGAUGGCGUUCCCUUCUUUGGUUUUACAUUUGCUCGGAAGCACUUGGUUGUGCAGUCCAUCAAGGCCUACAUAGGUGGCGGGGCGCUUCAGCGUUUGCUCGUGACCUACUCGAACGGUCUGCAGUGGCGCAAGGGAGCAGCUACCACCACCUCACACGUCAGCCACGUGCUGGACGACUUCAGAGAAUCCGAAGUCAUCAUUUCGGGAUGGAUCGAGUAUGGCGCACCUGCGGACAAGUCGACCUCCGCUACAGUCACUGCUCUUGGUCUGCGAACGAGUGCUGGGCGAACAUUGAACGCCGAAGCGGCCAACCAGCUGCGCUGCGGAUACAGAUCGAGACAGCUUGACGGCAAGCUUUUCACGGAUCUGACAAGGUUCGAAUUUGUCGCUCCUAGUGACGACGCUGCGCUUGUAGCCUUCUAUGGCACCAGCCGAGAAGUGCACGAAAGCGAGACAUUCGAAGAGAUGGUUGAAGUCACCGACAAAGCGUCUGGCGACAAUCUGACCCGGGUUACAGAUGACAGCAAAGAGGGCGCCAAGGCCGAUGCGGCCACCAAGCAACAGAAAGUGGAAGGUGUGAUCAACAGACCUACAGGAAUACACCGCCUCGGCUUCGUAUGGAGCGAGCCAGGCGCACAUGAGACCAAAUGCAAAUACGCACUGAGCAAGACGCAUCUUGCAGACGCAUUGGCUGACGCUGAUCCAGUCGAACCGGCCGCUAUGGCCAGCCUCUUGCCACAAGAGCGCAAAGCCCUGCUCACAUUUGCAGCACGCAGUCUGUACAAAGGUAAGCUAGUAGGGAGAUCACUGAUCUCUCGUGCUCUCCCCGGCGCACAAGGCAAGAUCUUCAGUGACGUGGAGCUGCUUCGCACCACCGGUUCGCAAGCGUAUUGGCCUACCAAAAUCACCUUUUUCUUUGCGCCCUCGCAUCUGUGUGGACUUGAGAUGGGCUUUGGAAAGAUGAAGAUUGCCCGCGGAGAAUGCGAGGGACAGGAUGUUCUGCCUUUCGAAGUCAAGCUUGAGAAGAUGGAGAGGGUGUCCGAGAUACGUGUCCAGCGAGGGCCCGACGGCCUUCCUUUUGGGCUACUUCUGCUUACCGCUGCAGGAAAGGCAACCUCAAUCAAUUGGACGGGAGAGGACAAUGGAGGCCAGCUGGACAAUGCUGACGCUCUUCGAGCACCACAAGACCUCUUUUUGCAAGGCUUUUUCGGCAUCGAGACCGAAGACCAAAUUCUUAACCUUCGCCCUAUCUGGGCUUGA